AUGGCGAAAACUUCCAUCGAGAUCGUCCAAGGGACAGCAGCCGACAUCCCCACCGUGCUGGGCCUGUUCGACACUGCCGUCGAGUGGCUCAAAUCCCAGGACAGAACCGGCCAAUGGGGCACAAAGCCCUUCUCGCAGCUACCGCGCCGCGUCAAAACAGUCACCGAGGCCGCCGCCUCGUCGCAUCUGUGGCUGGCGGUUGACUUCGACAGCGAGACCACGCCCGAUGUGGAGCAGCCAUUUAUUGGCCCCGAUGGCAGACGUGGGGUAGUCGUCGGGUCCCUGGAAGUCGGCGACAAGGCCUCGUACGUGGAAUCGGUGCCCGAAUCCGAGCUCUACGUCAAGUUCCUGGUGACGGAUCGCAAGUGUGCCGGGAACGGAGUCGGUGGUCUGCUUCUGGAUCAGGCUCGGAAGCUCGCUCGAGAAGCCGGAGUCGAGCUGCUGCGGUUGGACUGUUAUGCUGGGGGGGAUGGGAAGUUGAUCCGGUACUACGAGAAGCAGGGGUUUGUACGAACGACUGCGUUUGAGCAUGAGGGCUGGCCGGGACAGUUGCUGGUGGAAAGAAUGUCGAACUCCGACGAGUAG